CAGCUCCGCUCCGUUCCACUGCGUCUCCCCCGGCCUUGGGCCGGUGGACUCUUCCUAAAGCGGGAGGCGAGGCGCUAGAGUCCUCGGGAUCCGCCGAGCCUACGGGCCGCCUCUGCCAACUGAGCGGCUAGGAGCUAGAGAUGCUAUUAGGCUGUCAUUUCAUCGUGUGUGAGAAGUCGGCCCAGAGAUGGAAAACUUCAUUCUGUAUGAGGAGAUUGGCAGAGGAAGCAAGACAGUUGUCUAUAAAGGGCGGCGAAAGGGAACAAUCAAUUUUGUAGCUAUCCUUUGUACUGAUAAGUGCAAAAGACCUGAAAUAACCAAUUGGGUCCGUCUCACCCAUGAAAUCAAACACAAAAAUAUUGUAACUUUUCAUGAAUGGUAUGAAACCAGCAAUCAUCUCUGGCUCGUCGUGGAACUCUGCACAGGUGGUUCCUUAGAAAUGGUCAUUGCUCAAGAUGAAAGCCUCCCAGAAGAUGUCGUGAGAGAAUUUGGAGUUGACCUGAUUACUGGAUUGCAUCACCUUCAUACACUUGGAAUUCUCUUUUGUGACAUUUCUCCUGGGAAGAUACUAUUGGAAGGGCCUGGCACACUGAAGUUUAGCAAUUUUUGCUUGGCAAAAGUGGAAGGGGAAAAUUUGGAAGACUUCUUUGCUUUGGUGGCAGCAGAAGAAGGAGGCGGUGAUGGUGGGGAAAGUGGACUGAAGAAAAACAUGAAAAGUAGAGUUAAAGGGAGUCCAGUAUAUGCGGCACCAGAAAUCCUGAGUGGCACUGACUUCUCCAUCACCAGCGAUCUCUGGUCUUUGGGCUGUCUUCUUUAUGAAAUGUUUUCAGGAAAACCUCCAUUUUUCUCAGAACGUUUUUCAGAAUUAAUCGAACAGAUUUUAUAUCAAGAUCCUUUGCCACCUAUUCCGAAAGAUUCUUCUCUUCCCAAAGCUUCUUCAGACUUUCUCAGCUUGCUUGAUGGUUUACUUCAAAAAGAUCCUCAGAAAAGAUUGACUUGGCCAGACUUACUACAGCAUUCAUUUUGGAAGGAUGCUUUCACCAGAAAAGAUCAGGACACUACAAGCACCGAGGAUUCCAGCUUCAGAAAUGUGAUGGAGUGUUCUGAGCCACUAGAUUCCAAGGACCUUUUGAGGAACCCUCAGAGUGGACAAAAAGGGCAGAAGAACAGCCAGCGACUAAGUUGCUCUUUCAGACUAGAUAAUCCAACUGAAUUGAGGCCUAAGAGUACUCUUGGAGGUCAACUGAAUGAGUCCAUGUUUCUUCUCAGUUCUCGCCCUACCCCGAGAACUAGCACUGCAGUGGAAUCAAGUCCUGGUGAAGAUACGACCCAGAACUCACCACAGAAGACUUCUCCUCUGACAAAGACUACAAGUGGACACUUGAGUCAGCAGGACCUAGAAUCCCAGAUGAGAGGGCUCAUCUACACAGACUCAGAUCUUGUUGUCACCCCAAUUAUCGACAAUCCAAGGAUAAUGAAACAACCACCAAUCAAAUUUGAUCCCAAAAUAUUGCAUCUGCCAGCAUAUUCAGUGGAUAAGUUAGUAUUUCUGAAAGACCAAGAUUGGAAUGACUUUUUGCAACAAGUGUGCUCGCAGAUCGACUCCACUGAGAAGAGUACUGGAGCCUCCCGAGCCAAGCUCAAUCUCCUUUGCUAUUUGUGUGUGGUGGCCGGCCACAAGGAGGUGGCUACCAGGCUCCUCCACUCCCCAGUGUUCCAAUUGCUAAUCCAGCAUUUGCGAAUAGCUCCAAACUGGGAUAUACGGGCCAAGGUUGCGCGGGUGAUUGGUUUACUGGCCUCGCACACAACCGAGCUCCAGGAAAAUACACCUGUUAUCGAGGCAAUUACUCUCUUAACUGAAUUAAUUAGGGAAAACUUCAGGAAUAGCAAAUUAAAGCAGUGCCUUUUACCAACCCUGGGAGAGUUGAUCUACCUUGUAGCCACUCAGGAAGAAAAAAAAAAGAACCCUAGAGAAUGCUGGGCUGUUCCCUUGGCUGCAUACACAGUGCUAAUGAGGUGCCUUCGGGAAGGGGAAGAACGUGUUGUGAACCACAUUGCAGCUAAGAUUAUUGAAAAUGUCUGCAGUACCUUUUCUGCUCAGGCCCAGGGCUUUAUUACAGGAGAAGUCGGGCCUGUUUUAUGGUACCUAUUCAAACAUUCCACUGUUGACUCUCUUAGGAUAACAGCAAUAUCGGCCUUGUGUAGAAUCACUCGCCACUCUCCUACUGCCUUCCAGAACGUUAUUGAGAAGGUGGGCUUGAACAUAGUGUUAAAUUCCCUGGCCUCUGCCAUCUGCAAAGUUCAGCAAUACAUGUUGACCUUAUUCACUGCUAUGUUGUCCUGUGGGAUUCAUCUUCAAAGACUUAUCCAAGAAAAGGAUUUUGUCUCCACAAUUAUCCGAUUAUUUGACAGUCCCUCAACUUCCAUUAGAGCAAAAGCCUUCCUGGUUCUUUUAUAUAUUUUGAUUCAUAACCGUGAGAUGUUACUACUCAGCUGCCAAGCAAGACUGGUGAUGUACAUCGAGCGAGACAGCAGAAAGACCACUCCAGGCAAGGAGCGGCAGAGCGGCAAUGAAUACCUGUCCAAGUGCCUGGACCUCCUCAUCCGUCACAUUGUGCAGGAACUGCCACGAAUUCUGGGUGACAUUCUUAACGCCUUGGCUAACGUUUCUGGCCGUAAACACCCGUCAACGGUGCAAGCGAAGCAGCUGAAGAUAUGUCUCCCCCUGAUGCCUAUCGUGCUUCACCUGGUAACUUCUCAGGUAUUUCGACCUCAAGUUGUAACAGAGGAGUUCCUUUUCAGUUAUGGAACGAUCCUUAGCCAUAUUAAAUCAGUAGACUCAGGAGAGACUAACAUAGAUGGAGCCAUAGGACUGACGGCGUCAGAAGAAUUUAUCAAGAUCACAUUGUCGGCUUUUGAAGCAGUAAUACAGUAUCCGAUUUUAUUGAAAGACUAUCGCUCUACGGUUGUUGAUUAUGUCCUGCCACCCUUGGUCUCCUUGGUUCAAAGCCAAAAUGUGGAGUGGAGGCUCUUCAGCUUGCGGUUGCUCUCCGAAACCACAUCUCUCCUCCUGAACCAGGAGGCUGGGGAUGGCAAGAAGGAGGCGAGCCUUGAUUCUGACAGCAAUCUUCUGGCUCUCAUUAGAGAUGUCUUACUUCCCCAGUAUGAACACAUCCUCACAGAGCCUGACCCAGUACCAGCUUAUGCCCUGAAGCUGCUGGUUGCUAUGACUGAACACAACCCGACUUUUACCAGACUUGUGGAAGAAAGCAAACUGAUCCCACUUAUUUUUGACGUAAUCCUGGUGCAUCAGGAGAGCAUUCUGGGUAACACCAUGCAAAGUGUGAUUGCAUUACUCAACAAUCUGGUUGCCUGUAAAGAUUCGAACAUGAAGCUACUUUAUGAACAAGGUCUCGUCGGUCAUGUCUGUAACCUGUUAACCGAAACUGCCACACUGUGCUUGGAUGUGGACAAUAAAAGCAACAAUGAGACAGGCGCUGCCCUGCUGUUUUCCCUGCUGGAUAUUCUACACGGCAUGCUGACCUAUACGUCCAGCAUUGUACGGCUGGCUCUGCAGGCACAGAAGUCUGGCUCAGGAGGGGACACUCAGGCUGCUGAAGACCUGCUGCUACUCAGCAAACCUCUGACAGACCUCAUUAGCCUGCUUAUUCCACUGCUUCUUAAUGAGGAUCCCGAAAUUUUUGAGGUUUCAUCCAAGUGUCUGUCUAUACUGGUUCAGCUAUAUGGAGGGGAAAACCCAGACAGCCUGUCUCCAGAGAAUGCAGAAACCUUUGCCAAAUUACUUACAUGGAAGAAGGACCCCAAGGAGCAGAAGCUUCUGUUGAGGAUUCUUAGAAGAAUGAAGCUGUGUAAAACCCAAGUGAAGAGCACCUGUAAACCCUGCCUCGGUCCUCAUUUCCUGUUAUGUCCCUGUCAGUAAUCACCUCACAAGGCUUGGGGUGGAAAAUAGAUAAUUAGCGUGAGGCUGUGGGAGAAGCUUCCACGACAGAGGGUUUUUCAUUCUUAUGUACAAUUCCAGUGUGAUGGGAAGUCAGGAGAGAUCAAAACAAGACCACAGCUUGUCGGCGGUUUACAUUUUUGCUCAUUUGACUCUUUAUUAGGCAAUAGUUGCUUGUGUGUCUUUUAUGUGACUUUAGCUGUAAUAACCGUAGCAGCAUCCUAAUUAUUAUAAAAAUUAUUGAGGCCUCUAAAUCAACUUUGAUUACAACAUAGCCAAGGAAAAUCUAUUAGAAACCUCGGGCUCCACAGGAACACAAGAUGGAAGCAUUAGAUAGUAGUGCAAGAGUGCUCGCCUUCGGGGCAUCGCUUUCCCCCUCUGUGCAGAUAUCCUGGGCUGUGCAUUUCUAAUGCGAACGAGCAGGUUUGCCUGUUUGCAUGCGUGAAAACUCAAAUGGAAAAGCUCCUCUCUGAGCCCUCAGGUUGUUAAUUUACCCUCCCAGUAGUUUCUGUACUCCAUACCGACCAAGAACUUAAAAGGGUAACUUAACUAUCACGGCUGCUUAUUCACUUCACCCACAUCUUAUCACAAACCAUAUCUGAACAACAGUUUCCCAAAAAUGACUUCAUCUGACCCAUCUACAGAAAUUUUGUGCUUCUUUGGCUCUUUUAGUAUAGGGAAAUUUGUUUAUAAUUAGCACAGGAAACACCUUUCUGAUUAUGAGACCACUUUACAGAUGCCUCGGCUUCCAUUUCUAAAACACUAUGAGAAAAAGGUCUAAAGUACCAUUACACCAUUUAUUUAGUUGUUUUUGUCGCUCCAACGGACAAACAUCAUCCUUUAUAAGGAAGUAACAUAUGGGAGUGGGGCCCCCCCUAGGGUCGUUUAGCAGUGCAUCCUCUUUGAGUGACUACAGGACCGAAUAUGGCGGCCACAAAAUCAGUCGCUCUACUUUGUUGAUUGCAGGCUACAGGCCCUUGACCACCACCGUCAGCCUUUCAUUUCCCUCGUCCUUGUCCCUUCUAGCCUCUACCAGAAGAUGCAGCCAACCUCCUCCAGCAGAUUCUCAGAAAAGCAGUGCAGAGUCCGGAGAGCAGAGAUAAGAGGAGCCUGCCCCACUGGGCCAGACCGUGGGGAAAGUAGCUCAUUUCUGUGUGUGUGUAUUUGUUCAUCUGUUCUCCUUUGCCAGACACUGCUAUAUGCUAUUGAUUUUAUGCUGAAUGAAACUCUGAUAAUAAAGUUGGUAGAAGAAAAGACAGAAAAUGAGGGCUUUGGGAAGGAUGAGGUUGUUUUCUUAGUUUCCUCUUUCUCAGUUUUAUAAAGAAUUUACAAAAGAGGCAAAUGAUAUACUUAGGCGUUUAUGUCAUUUGUGAGGUCAAAGUUAUGAUAUAGUGAUAGUGAUGAUUCCAACAUCAGUUUUUUUCUUUUUCAGUUACAGUUCUGGUUGUGACAGGUUUCCAUGGGGGAGGUAAACAUUCACAUGUUGGGCUAUGGUUGUCAGAGCUGGCCCAGUUUAUCAUGCUUAACGUGAUGUUGCUAGGCUAGCAACUCCAAAGCACUCGGUUGCCUAACAGAAUCACAGCCUCAAAUCACAUAAUUUGUCUGAACUGGACUGGCUUUCCCUUUUGUCACCAUCUGUAAUGGUCAACUGUUGCCACAAUAAUGCUGUAUAACCAGUCAUUUCAAAACUCUGGGGAAUAUAGGAAAAAGCAAUUAUUUCCUGACCAUGUAAUUGCAGGUCAUCCGGGUUCAGCUGGUCUAGGCGUGGCUCUAGCCCUCAAGUUGGGCUCAGCUCUGUUCCAGGUGUCUCUCAUUCUCCGGGGUGAGUGGGCUACUCAGGAUGAGAUCUUCUCACGGCAGUGCCAGCGCACAAAAGGCCAAACCCAACCCUGCGAGUACUUUCUAGGCUUCUGCUUGUGUCUUAUCUACUAACAUCCCACUGUCCAAAUCAAUCCACCAGGCCAAGCCCCUAAUCAAGGACCUGGGAAGUAUGUCUAUCCACUGUGAGCCCAACACAAGUCAUAGGGCCAAGUCCAAGUGAGUAUUUGUUGAAAAAUAAUAUAAACUGCCACACCAUUGCAGGGCCUGGCCACAUAAGGCAAAUCUCCUGUCAGUCUGCUUGUUCCUCCCUUGCUGCUUGUGUUGAGACACAGCCCUGCCUACAUUCAAGAGCUUUAAUGCCUUGGUGGUGUUACCACAGUGUUUGGAGGAGAAUAAAGCACAUCAGAGAACAGGAUAGCCACUUAAUCAAGAGGGAAUAGCAGUUAUGCCGUGUGGCCUGGUGUACUCCCAGCAGUGGGAUGGUACAACAGCCAUGGAAAUUGGAGGAUGGCUGGUUUCAUACUCAACUUAGGAACCACUGUCUUACUCCUCUUCCCAGCUGCACUGUUGUGCAUGUGUUUUUCUCUUCUGCUUGCCUCUCAUUUCCUUUAAAAGGAAAGAAAACCUUGUCCCUUUGUCCCCUAUGCACCUACCCCAACCCUGUACAGUGUUACAAAAGACUCCCAGUGAAAACACAUAGAAUGACAGAAACUUCAGCACAGGAUCCAAAGUGGUUACCAGUAUAUGAAACUGGACUUAUUUUCAUAUCAUUUUAAUCCUAACACCUUAGAGAUGAAAAAACUCACAGACCAUCUAGUCCACCGCUAUCAAUAGAACUUUCUGCGAUGACUGAAAUGUUCUAUAUCUGUGCUAAUACAGUAGCCACGAGCCACAAGGGGGUAUUGAACACUUCAAAAUGUGUCUAGUGCCACUAGAUAUUAAUUUUAUUUACCUUUAAUUCAUUUAUGAAUUUAAAUAUCCACAUGUGGCUGUUGUUAGUUGCUGUUGACUUGGUUCUGACUCAUGGCAACCUUAUGUAUAACAGAACAAAACAUUGCCCAGUCCUGUGCUAUCUUAAUUAUCGUUGGUACGUUUGAGUCCAUCGUUGUGACUAUUGUCAACCCAUUUCACUGAGGGUUUCCCUCGUUUUCGCUGACCUGCUUCACCAAGCAGGAUGUCCUUUUCUAACAGUUGGUCUUUCCUGAUGACGUGUCCAAAGUACGAGAGCAAAAGGAUCACCAUCCUUGCUUCUAAGCAUUCUAGCUGUAUUUCUUCUAAGAUUGAUUUGUUUGUUCUUCUGGCAGUCUACAGUAUAUUCAGUAUUCUUCUCCAGCACCACAGUUCAAAUGCAUCAAUUCUUUUUCUGUCUUUAUUUAUUUAUUUUGUCCAGCUUUUGCUUGCAUAUGAGGCAAUUGAAAAGACCAUAGCUUGGGUCAGGUGCACCUUAGUCCUCAAAGUGACUAUGUUAGACGUCACAGAGCUAGUUAAUCCCAUUUUCGUCCAGAGUAGAUAUCCGUAGAUAUUUCUCAAAUGAAUGAAUGAAAAAAAGAGAGAUGUCCCCCACCCAAGGCCACAAGGCAACUCAUGGCAAAGCCAAAAUAAAAAUAAGACCCCGAGACCCUGGACAGGCCAGCCUGGGCACUUCCUGCACGCCACAUCCCUUCCUGAGGGCCUAGAUUUGUUUGCACUAGUUUGAGCUUACCUCUGUACUUUUAACCUUCUAAAAAUAUCUCAACUCCUAGGGAAAAAAAAAAAAAGAACAGAGAAAGAAACAAAACUAUUUUUCUGUCUUUGGUAAUUUGAAGGGUGAGCAUUAAAACCUCAAUCAAACAUCAAAUAAUUUUUACACAGUAGAAAUAAUAUAUACUUUCCAUCCAAAUUAAAACACACGCUCCCAGCAAUUUAAUUAUGCAAAUAUGAUACAAGUGGCAGCGAAACAGUGUUAAAGGGAAAGAAUGAAGAUUGAUAAGCUAAAAUUUCCAGGGACAUUUUCCUUUUUAAUUUCCUCUUUUGGUUAAUAUUAUGCUGAUUUUCAUGGACUGCUUCGGUGGGUGCUCUAUUUCUUUGUGAUAAGUGCUCCUACAAAUUUAUGCAAAUAAUAUUAAUCACUGUUGAGAAACGCAGCAGCCAUUACCAUCCCUACUGCCCACAAGUGUUAGACAACAGUAAUAGAUGUAUCUUUAGUUAUGAAUAUGAUUAAAUACAUUGGUAAGCAAAGCUGCUGUGUUCAGACAGAUUUGUUUUUCCUCUAGUUGCGUGAAGAUGCAACUGUAGAAAGGUGUCCCAUAGCAAAAAUGGAAAAGUAGAUAGAGAUGGUCUUCCCCCCACCUCAUCAGAGGCCUGCCGUCCCACCUGGCCCUUACAGUCAGGAACUCUGCCUUAGGGCUGGUCCUUCAGAAGCAGCCCCUGAGAUCAGCAUCUGGGUGCAAAUGGUUUAUUGAGGAAGUACUCUCAGUGGAGACCAAUAAGGGAGUGGAAAGAGCAGGACAGAGAAGAGGGGGAAGCAAGCAAGGGGGUGACCUCAGGAAGAGCCCUGCGGAGGUGGCUUCAGCCUGACUCCACAGAAAAUGCCUCAGAUUUUGUCCCCAGUACAAAGGCAGAGGACUGAGCUUUCAUACUUGCACUGUAGUUGGUGAUUGACCGAGGGCCCCUCAUGGGACAUAAAUCCCCAGGCAUUUGCAGCUCUCUGGGUGUGUGGGCAGGGUAGAUCCAGUUGUCUGAGGGCAGUCUUCUGAAGAGAGCCACAGUCGCAGGCCCACGGAGAGGGGCACAAACCAAAAAACCAAGUCGAUUCUGACUCGUAGCGACCCUGUAGAAACUGCCCCAUAGAGUUUCCAAGGAGUGCCUGAUGGAUACGAACUGCCGACCUUUUCGUUAGCAGCUGUACUUCUUAAUGACUAUGCCGCCAGGGUUUCCAAAUGAGGUCCAACAGGUUUGGGUAGACCACUGGCAGUGUCCGCCACCCCAGGAACCCCUCAGGCCCUGCCCACAGCUGGGAGUUCCCACCAUGCCAGGCUUCCCACCAGAGCACACCAGAUCGCUCCCUUGGAGUCUUCCUGAGGGACUGGAGAACUAACAGAAAUUGUAUCAAGGCAAAAUAGGAUUUUUAUCACAGUUUUAUUCCUUCUGAUCCCAUUGGUAUUUUAACAAUAGUCUUCAGAGUCUUAAAGCAGAGUAGGGUGGGCAGCAGAGGGAAUUUGUAGCAAGGCCAGUGGGGAAGGUGCUCAGAUCAGGUGAGCUACUCACAGGUAAGGCCUGCUAAUAAAGCACCCACAUAAUCCAGAAAUUAAUGUUUGUUUUUUCUUUUUCUGAGAAUUCUUUAUGAAACCAAGGGACGCUGUAGUGAUUCUUGCCUUGUCACGGCCAGAAUUUUCAGGGCUUGAUCUCUAAGCAGCAGAGAUAGCUCCUAGCAGGCCCUCACAGACCGGGGAAGGGAAGCUGGAAUUCCAGGUGCCAGGUACCCUGAGGUCGAAGCACUCAGGUCCUAGUGGAGAGAAAUUGGAGCCCCAGCCCUUUCUCUCUUCUUAUUUACUUCCUUUCAAAGAAGGUGUUUCUCUGAAAGUCUCUCUCUGCAAACCAGUAAUGUUAUUUUGAAGGUGAACAUAAAAGCCCUCUUGGCAAAGAAAUUACUUUGUUCCAUUUGAGAAACCUCUCUGCCUUUGAGAGAAGAGAGGGUUUGGGGCUGUGAAAACUUGAUUAGCUCCCUCGUUGUCUUUCCCUCUGGGUUUCAGUGAGGACGGCUAGGCGGAAAGGCUCACUCCUUCUCCCCGUGGCUGUCCAUGUCCUCUCUCCCGUGGAUGCCAGACUGUUCCCUAACUGAAGAACUUUUUCAAGGGCUGCCAUGUCCAGAGCUGCCAGAAAUUCUGCCAUUUCUAUUAGGGUGGAAAAUGCAGAGGACUGAGCUUAGGGCUUGGGCAGUGGAAGCGGAACCAGAUGCGGAUUUACUGACUCUGGUUGAGGCCAGGUCUGCCACGAAAUGGCUGUGCAGAUUGCACACUGUGAAAUGAGGACAGCAGCCCCUCAGCACAUUGUUCCAGGGUAUAUUAUGAACUGCUAAGUAUGUGUAAUUUUAGUGGGCGGGGUGGCAAGGGAGGUGCAUUUGGGACCUCAGGGUUCCCUGUGCAUGUGUGGAUGCGUGUGUAUGUGUGUGGGUGCAUAUAUGUGUGUGUGUGGCUAUGAGUGUUCAUACAUGUGUUUUUCUAACCCAGCAGGUGUGGUUGGUAUUGAUUGUUACCCCUCAGGUACCAGCCCUUCCCCCACUCUCCACACCACCCUGCAGAACAGGGAAGGUGAGGAUCCUCCUUCCAGGCAGCACCAAUGACGGGGAGAUGACAAUGACUCUUGUGUCUGAACACCUUCCCCCAACCCCUACAAGGGGCCUGUCAAAAUAGUAUCAACUUUAAUUUAUCGAAGUUUUCAGACUUCUUAUUUUUAAAUAAAUCUAAUAAGUAUGGACUGUAUAGUAGCACUUUGCAGCCCAGAAAUGUAAAGUUCAACAUAAAAUUGAAUCAUCAUUAGGAUUUUGAGUCCUAAGACCUGCAUUCGAGACCUGGAUUUGCUGUUGACUCAUUAUGUGGCAAGUAUCCUCUCUGAGCCUCAGUUUCCCCACUAGAAAAUGGAACUAACACCCAAGGAGAAGGAUUGUUGCGAGAAUGAAGUAAGAUAGCAUUAGAAAAAUCCUUGUGACCUGGAAAGCACUCCUCAUAUAGAGUUAAUGUCAUCGUCACCUUAGUGAAGCUGUCUGGAGCUGCAGUGGACACCCACGCUUUAGAGACGAGGAGACAGAAGCCUGGGUUGGUGUAGAACACCCCCAGGGCCCCCCAGAAUGUUACUGACAUGGGAGUGCAUGCUUCCUGUCCAGUGUGUCCCAAGUGCUCCAGAUGGACGGCAGCGGUCACUGUGGCCUCCCAGGCUGCGUGCAGACCUGUUGCCCAGGAGGCCAGACUCUGCCCCUAAUUCAAACUAAGGCUCUGUAGGUGCAAGUGCCUGAAGACCCACCUCAAGGAGUAGUUGGCACAGCCAAAGAAGGGAUAAAAAUGGGCAUUUGUAGAGGGAGUGGGAGUGGGCUUUGGGGUGAAAUAGUGGCAUUUCAGACAUUGUCUUCCAGCACCUUUGCACCAGCCCCAUGCCUGUCUAUACAGUAAGCUGUCUCCUUAAACCUGAAAUGCACCAGUUUCUUCCCCUGAGAUUCUGUGAAAAGCCAUGGACUUCUGGGCUUUUCCAGAGGAGAUGACACAGAACAGACUCCCAUAGAGCACUCCUCUGUCACAUUUUUUAUCCCAAAGCUGGACCCCAGUAACAUUGGAGAGUAUUUCAGAAGCAGCUUAAAGUUCUCCCAUCAUCAUUUUCUGUUACCUUUUCCUGUAAGUCUUACUCUUAUUAUGAGAGGGCCUGUUAUUACAUGGAGUCCCUGCGUGGUGCAAACAGUUAACACACUGGGCUGUUAACUCAAAGGUUGGAGGUUCAAGUCCAACCAGAGGCACCUUGGAAGAAAGACCUGGCAAUCUAUUGCCAAAAAAUCAGCCAUCGAAAGCGCUAUGGAACAUAGUUGUUCUCUGACACACACGGGGUCGCCAUGAGUCAAAGUUGACUUGACAGCAACUUGAUAGUCUUUAUGCUGUUUUCUUAGAGCUUUUGUUCCCAGUUUGCUGUGGUACAGAAAGCAUUUUGCCUCCAGGAGUAGUUCACUGUUGUUGCGUUCCUGAUGGCAGUACUGUGGUGCUAUCGAGAGAGAGGACUCAGCCUGUUGCAGGGGACAGUGAACUGAGCCCGAUUCUCUGCUUGCCCUUCCCACCUGUUAAAUGAAGGAAGAGCUUAUGUUCUUCAUGGCAAAGACUCUAUCUGCAGUUCAGCCCUUAGAGCUUGUUUCUUCUUCCUUCUCUCUCUCCCUCUGUAUUUAUUGGAAGGCCUUGUUCUAGAACAGGUUUAAAAUGGCUUUUGGCACAGUUUCUGCUGUUUUCAGGUUAUGUGUGUCUGUAAAAGGCUGUAGAGCAUUUUUUAUUCGAGCUGCCUUGUGUUACUGUGUUCCUUUCUAUUUUUCGCAUAUUCCUUAGGGGCUGUGAGGAUGAACACUUUUUAUAUCUAAAGAAAUAACUUGAGAUGAAAAUAUUGGUGAUAUUCAAAGACUAAGUAAAGAAUAUCCUUUCUUUGUUUCUUUGUCCUGGUGACAUUCUACAUAAUAAAACUUCUUAAGAAUUCUGAAAUUUGAAGGCAACACCCUGAAAUUCCUUAUGCCUCCAGGGUAUACCCGUUUUGUAAUCAGUUUCCGUAAUACGGGUUACCAUUAUGCACAGUAUUCUUUAACGAAAUAGCUGUUUGCCUACCCUCAUUAUAGGCCAUACUUUUCUUAUAACCUUGUAUCAGUCGUGGUCGUGGCUUUUUUCCAAGCAGGAAAAGUCUUUAAUUUUAUCUUACUAUUUCUUAUAUAUUUUUCAUCAGAAGAAAGUUAGCCACCACUAAGAUAACAUUUUUGUAGCUUCCAACCCCAUUAAAUUUGGUGAUGAUAUGAAGUAUGAAGAUGGAGAUAUUCUCACCUAAGUAAAUGGAAUUAGUUAAGUAAGUGGAAACGGAGAUUGGUAAAUAUCCAGAGUUGCUGAUGAUUCCUGUCGUCAGUCUUUAAAUCCCAGGUCUUGAAAUGUGAUUUUUCACGUCUUUACUAUGAAGUCAACCAGCAUUGAACGACCUGUGCCUUAGUUCCUAACUCAAAUUAAGUUAACUCAGAACCCCACUUUUAAAGAGAAUACUUAAGACUAUUGUUUCAAGACUUAGUUUUGUCCAUUCUUCUUGUCUUACAAAGAACACUGUUAAAAAGAAGGAAUCAUGUACAGUUGUUAAAAUCACUUUUUAAAAAUCAAUUUAGAAUUGUAAAAGUUUUGUUUCUUUGUGUUACUUUCAUGUUUUAACCAGCAGUUCUGUGUAAAUACCAAUUUACCUUUCUUAACCCUCAACUCUAUACAUUUCCCUCCUGCCUUAAAUCCUCUGUCCCCAGGACAGGGGCCAUCUUUUCAGCAGUCCCUUUUCCCUCCAGUCAUAACAUUGCACGGCAGUUUGUGCCCCGUUCAGCUCUUAGACUUUGUCUAAGCUGUCUUCUUUGUCUCUGCUCCUUCAAAGGACGAGUUACAGCAUAAGUUAAUGAAAUACGAAACUUUUUUUGCACUCCAUGUAGUUAGUUCCCUUCCACAAACAGGCAAAUACGCUCUCACAUAUGAAUGUACACCUUCCACAUAUCUUUCUUUAGGCAGUAAACUUCAAAGACCUAGAAUGCUUUCAUUGCUUCAAAGGUCUGUAGCCACACAAGAGGACUUUCUGCCCCCCAUUUGGAGAGCGUGGCAGUGGGGGGCAGAGGCGGAGCCAGCAGAGAAGAGCAUCUGCAGAGCAGCGCUCAGCUUAGAGUGUAGCUCCCCGUGGCUCACUUUUUAUAUAUCUUCUUAGACAGGCACGAAACCGCCAAAGAUGCUUACAGCAGGCACAUUGAUUUAAAAAAAAAAAAACAGAAAAAAAAUUAUGACCUAAACAGGAAACUAGCCCAUUUUAAAAAUCCUCUAGGGUCAUCGUUGUUGUUGUGUGCCAUUGAGUCUGACUCAUAGUGACCCUAUAGGAUAGAGUAGAACUGCCCCAUAGGGUUUCCAAGGAAUGGCUGGUAGAUUUGAACUGCAAACCUUUUGGUUAGCUGCCUGGGCUCUUAACCACUUCUGGAAGGAACCUAGGAUAUCAGGUGGGACACCCUGUCUUUGUAGCUAAAAGCUGAGGAUGACAGGGAGAAAUAAAGAAAUGAGGAGCUAAUCGAACCUUAGGAGACUUAACAGGCCUCCACUUUAGAGUAGAUAAGGUAGAUUCUCAACCCAACUCACAGAAAUCAUUUUAACAAAGACUUCUGUAGGUUAAGCCCCUUCCACUUUGCAACCCCUUUCACAAACAGACCAUGUUGAGCCCUCUUCCCAUCACCAUAGCAACACACAUCUCAUAACAAUGACUAGAAGAGAAGAAGCAACCUCACACGUGACCUUCUCCUGCCCCCGGUUUUGCUCAUGUUUUUUCCCUUGAUUGUCCUGUCCCACAAAUUUUUAUUGUCCUCCCAAGAUCUUGACAUCUUAUGAUGAAUAGUGCCUGACCAUUAGAACAAGAAAACAAGGUCUGUGGGCUUUAAUAAGCACAAAGUAUUUCACUUAGACCAGUGGUUCCCAGGUACCAAUCUGUGGUCUACCUGCUUUGGAGUCCCUUAAACUGCAGUCCAGACCAGCUGAAUUAGUCUCCAGUCAUGGGGCCCAGGAAUCUGUGCUCUUAAGCUUCCCACUGAUUCCAGUGUGCUGCAAGAUUUGCCAACCUUGGUUUGUUUUAUACUACGGUGUCCUCAACAGCCAGCAUCCCAACCCUGCCUAUACAUCCUAUCAAGAAAAUAGGUGAAAAGUGAACCUUGCCAGAAUCACAAGAGGAAACAGCCAUAAGUGUCUCAGACAAAGAGAAAGGAAGACGGUUACAAGUAGCUCUGUCCUCAAGUAGACAUGCAGGGUUUCAGAACUAAAAAAGUACCAUACACCAAGGCAAAGAAAGUCAUUUGGGCCAAGGUAUGAACCAUUUGCUAACUUCCACUCCCUCUAUAAGGAUCCCUGGUGGUGCACCUGUUAAGUGCUCAGCUGCUAACCGAAAGGUUGGCAGUUCAAACCCACCCAGCAUCUCCAUGGUAGAAAGACCUGGUGAUCUGUACCAAUAAAGGCUGCAGCCUAGAAAACCCUAUGGGGCAGUCCUGCUCUGUCACAUGGGGUCGCUAUGAGUUGAAAAUCGACUUAACAGCAUCUAACAACAACAACAACAGCUCUUCCUAAGCAGAUACCCAGCAUAGAUCCCACAAUUCUGACUGUGUAUCCAACUUCCCAGCACUUAUUUUUCAGCGAUUUCCAGUGCAUCUCCAUUGAAAGGAACAUAACCAGUAUCACAGGCACAGACAGAAAUGAGUGGAAGCUAUGAAGCAGCGCUUCCUCUCUGUGAGUGCAGGUGUGUUGAGGCUAUGUGCACCAGGUUGGGUUUUGCUGCUAUACCAUUAACUCCACAGAUCCCACUGGCAACCAGUUUGGAUCAUGAAAGUGUCCGAGUCACACUUAUCUCCAUGUUUGAAUUCAGUGACUUCAUCUGAAAUAUCUAUAGAUGAUACCCUUGUAUUUUAUUCUGGAAAGAUUCUUGUUAUCCAGAAAUAAUGUCAUCGUGCCCCCUGGAUCUCAAUGCACAAUGCUUUGCUUAGAAAGAAGAGUCAUUUCCAAAAUUCCAGAUGAGAUGACUAGAAAAUAUUUUUAAAGAUUGGUUUAAAGGUAUUAAAACUUGGUACCAACCUUUUUAAAGAAAGGAUCUUAAACUCCGUUUAUCUUGGGCGCUGCACCACCUGGCCAUUCAGGCAGAGCAGUGCAGACUUUGCACUGGUGGGUCCAUUGAGCAGCUGAGAUUUCUGUCUUCCAACCAAGGCUGCACUCAAGAGGAUGGGAAGCUGUGAAACGCUGUCCUUUUGUAGCACUAAGUGUCAUUAACUACAGUGAACUCAAGUGAGUCGUGCUUGGACUAGACUGUGUUCAAGAAUUUUCCUAAAAUCAUUUGAAUGCUUGAUUGGAAUUCACCUAUGUUGAUCUGCUUUGUAAUAGGUGCUUCCUGGAGUAGGUCAGCUUUGAAAUGAAAAUGUGGGAGUCUUGGUUUGUGUUUUGCAUUUUUCUCUUGUCUGGAGAGCUUCUGCUUACUGAAGGAAUCAUCCCUACUGCUCUUAGCUUUCCAGUGCAAAAGAAAGACUCGUGAGCUUUUAAGAUCUGACAUUCCAAGGGCUUACUGUCACUUAAUCGUGAUCUUAUACUCCUGUAACAUAUACACUUCCACGUUUUGUGUUUAAGAACAAUUUAAUUUAUCAUAAAAGCUAUAUGUACUUUUAUAGAAAGCUUGGAAAUGGAAAUGGAAAGAAAAAUUUACCAUAUUCCCGGAUAAUUAUUGGUUAUAACUUUGGUAUAUUUGUUUCUAAUCUUAUACAUACUCAUUCCAAAAUAACAAAUAUUCCUUAAUCACUUGCUCUUUAUAAGGUACUAUGGAAGAAUCAAAGUUAUUGAUGGUCAAACAGUGAUCAGCUGAAUUAUUAGGGAGCCCACACUAAAUAAUCCAAGUAAUUAAACAGAAAGUGCUAGGAAACUUGCCUUGAAUAACUUUAGUGAUCCCACGAGUUUAGCAAAGAUUUUUGGGUAGUGAUGAGAAAAUCAGAUUUCAGAGACAAAGUUUAUGUCUACCUCGAAUUUUCAAAAUACUUAAGAAAUUGUGUAAGUAAACAAAAAAAACUAAGACACUGAGGAAUCCUAAAUGACAUUGUGAUACUUCUGAUACCCUGGGGCUGGGAAUGUGGACAGGAAGUAAAGAGUGCAGGACUAAUCUUUUUUCUUCUGCUUGUUAUUUUUUUUCCCAAGAAUCUAAAGGCAAGGGAUUAAUAUUAAACAGUAAGAUUUUAUUCUAUAGUGGUACACAUUACUAUUGUAAGACCACUCCAUUUUCUUUGGGUACUUGGAGUAGAUUAGCUUAAAAAAAAAAAAAAAAAAUUUUUUUUUUUUUAGCUGUUAAGAGCCCUAGAGUGCAUGCCCAGUUUGAAUUGAUUUGCCCAAAUGUUUCUGCUCCCUUGAUGAGCCCCUUACAUGCGUCACUGCUGUGCCAUUUCCUCAAUUGUUGGUCUAAAGAAGCUCCCUGCCCCCAGGUGGUCAGUCUUGCCUGACUUGCAUCCAGACUAACCAGCUCUCUUACCUUAAUGAAUGCUUGCAAGCCAGACUAAAAGAGCUAACAGAUACCUAAGUUGGCUCGGGGGCAAAUCCCUUCUUUGACCCAAAUGGCCACUGUGGCUGAAAGAGUUCAUUAGAGCGUUCAGUAAUAAAUAGCCCAAGAGUGCAGUACUAGAGGUACUAGAGGCCGCUCUGGUGCUUUCAUGAGAUGUAUGUGUGUUAACUGAGCAGACCGUUUAGUCUCUGGGAAACUGCAAUGCCUGGUGCUGGACUGUAGAUCCCAUGUGACUCCUUGCAGAGACUGGCAGGAUAGGCUACUCCUCCUGGCCUCUCUGCCUUCCUUUGGCCUCCCCACUGGUUCCUCUCUGACCUGUGUAGCCAGUGUGAAAUGACAGUAUGGCUUAGUAAAAACCCACAAUCCAGACUACUUCUGUGUGGUCCUGGCUGGGCUAUUCCCUUAGGUUUAGCUCUGUCUACCCUGAACUCUUGUGAGGCCCAAGUGAUAUUAUGGAUAUAAAAGGCCUUUUCAACCACAAAGUGCUGGGACCUUGAGGGAGGGCCCUUUGGGCUUUUUAGAUGAUUUAGGUGUGAACAAGGCUUCUUAAUCCGUGAUUUGGCUCUGAGCCUCUGACUGCCCAGCCACUCUUCACCGUGAUGAUGCAGACGCUUCAUACAGCAUUAUUGUUUGAUUCUGUAACUGCAUUUCCCUGCUUACCUGGGCUCCCUGAACCCUUAUUCCUGCAUGGAGUUUGUAUGAGAGUAGGAGAGUAGUUAGGUCUGUCUUAACUAUGGUUUUGCCUAUAAGAGCUGCCUAGGUAAGCAUUGCCUGAGGAACUGGGAUGGUAUGUGAGCUGUGGCCAGCCUUGGGAAGUGCCCAACCACGCUCAGAUUGUCGGAUAAUUUUUAAACUCAAAAAAGGAAGUUAGGAAGGCGGAGCCAAGAUGGCGGACUAGGCAGACGCUACCUCGGAUCCCUCUUACAACAAAGACACGGAAAAACAAGUGAAUCGAUCACAUACAUAACAAUCUACGAACCCUGAACAACAAACACGGAUUUAGAGACGGAGAACGAACUAAUAGGGGAAGCAGCGAUUGUUUCCAGAGCCUGGAGCCAGCGUACCAGUCAGGUACGGCACAAGCACAGAGAGCUGCUCCACCCGCCUGAACUAACCCCGGGAGGGGGACCAGCCGGUUCCACGGGCGGCGUGGGAUGCAGCCGGUAGGAGAAGUCCCCGGGAGGCAGUGACUGGUCUUGGAGCAGAAAGAGCAAUGUCCGAGCGGGGAAACCGUCCUGCAGGGAUUUGGACUGGACACAGGUACGGCAUAAACACGGAGAGUUGCUCCACCCCCCUGAACUAACCCGGGAAGGGCCCAGCCAGGUCGCGCGGGCGGCGUGGGACGCAGCCGGUAGCAGAAGUCCCCGGGAGGCAGCGACUGGUAUUGGAGUGGGGAGAACAGCGUCCCAGCCGGGACACUCGGUCACGGCACAAGCACGGGGAGCUGCUCCACCCAUCUGAACUAACCCCGGGAGGAGGCCCAACUGGUUCUCGAGGGCGGAACGGCCACGUGGCUGGAGGGACGAGAAGUCCCCGGGAGGCAGCGACUGAUUUUGGAGUUGAGAGUGCACCGUCCCAGUAGGGGAGCCUUGACGCUGGGCAUGGGGCUGGAAGCGGAGGAUCUGACUGUGACUCCAGCGGGCCAGACCCCACGGGGGCAAUCUCCACACAGCCAGCACACAUAGGUGAUGCGCCCGCGGGAAUCUCAGCUAUAAUAGUCAUUCCAAGCAAGACAAGCAACUCUGGCUAUAUUCUGAGGUGCUACUCUCCUAUCUCUCUGUUCCCUCCCCCACCCUCCCCAGGCGGCUUCAUUAACAUCUGAAUAGCCUGAGCCAGAGGGAGAACUCUGAUAGGGAUCUGACUGCAUUUUUUUUUAGUAGAUUUUCUGGAAAAACUAGUUUCCCAGUGAUGGCUCGGAGACAACAAUCCAUAUCAAACCACUUAAAGAAGCAGACCAUGACAGCUUCUCCAACCCCCCAAACAAAAGAAUCAAAAUCUUUCCCAAAUGAAGAUACAAUCUUGGAAUUAUCAGAUACAGAAUAUAAAAAACUACUUUACAGAAUGCUUAAUGAUAUCACAAAUGAAAUUAGGAUAACUGCAGAAAAAGCCAAGGAACACACUGAUAAAAGUGUUGAAGAACUCAAAAAGAUUAUUCAAGAACAUACUGGAAAAAUUAAUAAGUUGCAAGAAUCCAUAGAGAGACAACAUGUAGAAAUCCAAAAGAUUAACAAUAAAAUAACAGAAUUAGACAACGCACUAGGAAGUCAGAGGAGCAGACUCGAGCAAUUAGAAUGCAGACUGGGACAUCUGGAGGACCAGGAAAUCAACACCAACAUAGCUGAAAAAAACUCAGAUAAAAGAAUUAAAAAAAAUGAAGAAACCCUAAGAAUUAUGUGGGACUCUAUCAAGAAGGAUAACCUGCAGGUGAUUGGAGUCCCAGAACAGGGAGGGGGGACAGAAAACACAGAGAAAAUAGUUGAAGAACUCCUGACAGAAAACUUCCCUGACAUCAUGAAAGACGAAAGGAUAUCUAUCCAAGAUGCUCAUCGAACCCCAUUUAAGAUUGAUCCAAAAAGAAAAACACCAAGACAUAUUAUCAUCAAACUCACCAAAGCCAAAGAUAAACAGAAAAUUUUAAAAGCAGCCAGGGAGAAAAGAAAGGUUUCCUUCAAGGGAGAAUCAAUAAGAAUAAGUUCUGACUACUCAGCAGAAACCAUGCAGGCAAGAAGGGAAUGGGACGACAUAUACAGAACACUGAAGGAGAAAAACUGCCAGCCAAGGAUCAUAUAUCCAGCAAAACUCUCUCUGAAAUAUGAAGGCGAAAUUAAGAUAUUUACAGACAAACACAAGUUUAGAGAAUGUGCAAAAACCAAACCAAAGCUACAAGAAAUACUAAAGGAUAUUGUUUGGUCAGAGAACCAAUAAUAUCAGAUACCAGCACAACACAAGGUCACAAAACAGAACGUCCUGAUAUCAACUCAAAUAGGGAAAUCACAAAAACAAACAAAUUAAGAUUAAUUAAAAAAAAUAAAUAAAUACACAUAACAGGGAAUCAUGGAAGUCAAUAGGUAAAAGAUCACAAUAAUCAAAAAGAGGGACUAAAUACAGGAGGCAUUGAACUGCCAUAUGGAGAGUGAUACAAGGCGAUAUAGAACAAUACAAGUUAGGUUUUUACUUAGAAAAAUAGGGGUAAAUAAUAAGGUAACCACAAAAAGGUAUAACAACUCUAUAACUCAAGAUAAAAACCAAGAAAAACGUAACGACUCAACUAACAUAAAGUCAAGCACUAUGAAAACGAGGAUCUCACAAUUUACUAAGAAAAACGCCUCAGCACAAAAAAGUAUGUGGAAAAAUGAAAUUGUCAACAACACACAUAAAAAGGCAUCAAGAUGACAGCACUAAAAACUUAUUUAUCUAUAAUUACCCUGAAUGUAAAUGGACUAAAUGCACCAAUAAAGAGACAGAGAGUCACAGACUGGAUAAAGAAACACGAUCCAUCUAUAUGCUGCCUACAAGAGACACACCUUAGACUUAGAGACACAAACAAACUAAAACUCAAAGGAUGGAAAAAAGUAUAUCAAGCAAACAAUAAGCAAAAAAGAAGAGGAGUAGCAAUAUUAAUUUCUGA